CACCAACUAACUCGUGGUCAUCCCCCAACAACCACGACUCAUCAUCCUGACAAGUUUCGCCCGCAGGAUUCCCCGUCACACCCCGUCACAUGCCCAGGUAGUUAGCAGUGUACCUAUCAUAAGUACGCUGACCAGUUUUUUCUUUCGCUUGAGUAAUAAAGCGCCGUUCCUCCUUCGGUCUUCCUCUCAUCCAAAGACUUGCUCACCUGCUCUCUCUCUCCCUCUCUCUCUUGCUUGUCUCACUCACGCCACACAUAACUUCGCCGUCCAUACAUACACGACUACUAGACCCACCGCAUAGAAUCAAAGUCGCCAACUGAUACUCCAACACACGAUGUCGAAGGUUUUCAAGCAGUCCGAGGUGGCAGAGCACAAGAAGCCCGAGUCGCUUUGGAUCAUUGUCGACGACGAUGUUUACGACGUGACAAAGUUCGCGGAGGAGCACCCCGGUGGGAAGAAGAUCCUGCAGCGAGUGGGCGGAAAGGAUGCUUCGAAACAGUUUUGGAAAUACCACAAUGAGUCAAUUCUCAAGAAAUACAAGGCGCAGCUACAGAUCGGAUCGUUGGAAGGAAAGGCACCUCCCCCAGCACCCAAAGAGGAGCCUAAGAAGAUCGAGGCAAAGGUCGUGCCGAUGCAGGCCGGUCCCGCUGCUCCCGUGGUGGCUGCAGAGGCGGAGCUGAAGGAGAGCUUGGAGCCGUUUGGAGAUUUGGUUCCAUUCGGAGAUCCAGCAUGGUAUCAGGGCUACCAUUCCCCAUACUACAACGAAUCGCACGCGGCACUGCGGAAGGAAGUUCGCGACUUUAUCGAGGAGAAGUGUGAGCCUUAUCUCAACGAUUGGGAGAAGAACAAGUUUGUGCCGCACGAGAUUUACAAGGAGAUGGGCACAAGAGGAUAUCUCGCCGGUCUGCUUGGCAUGGGAUACCCAACCGAGCUUACCUCCCACCGCGUUGCCUCCGUUCCCCCGGAGAAGUGGGAUCUAUUCCACGAGUUUGUCGUCACCGACGAGAUCUGCCGCACCGGUUCCGGAGGAUUCGUUUGGAACCAGAUUGGGGGUUACGCGAUUGGUCUUCCUCCGGUGAUGAAGUACGCACAGAAAGCACUCAAGGAGCGCAUCGUCCCUGGUAUCCUCGCAGGAGACAAGCGGAUAUGCUUGGCUAUUACCGAGCCUGACGCGGGCUCCGAUGUUGCUAACCUCACCUGUGAGGCAAAGAAGACUGAGGACGGCAAGCAUUACAUCGUCAACGGCGAGAAGAAGUGGAUCACCAACGGUAUCUGGGCGGACUACUUCACCGUCGCAGUGCGCACUGGCGGCCCCGGCAUGGGCGGUGUUUCCGUCCUGCUCAUCGAGCGCUCCGAGGGCGUCACCACACGCGAGAUGGACUGCCAGGGUGUCCACGGCUCCGGGACCACCUACAUCACUUUCGAGGACGUCAAGGUCCCCGUUGAGAACUUGAUCGGAAGGGAGAAUGCCGGCUUCAAGGUCAUCAUGACCAACUUCAACCACGAGCGUGUCGGCAUCAUCAUCCAGUGCAACCGCUUCUCGCGUGUGUUGUACGAGGAGGCGAUGAAGUACGCCAACAAACGCCGCACAUUCGGCAAGAAGCUGAUUGAGCACCCCGUCAUCCGCAUGAAGUUUGCACACAUGGCCCGCCAGGUCGAAGCCACCCACAACUGGCUUGAGAACAUCAUCUACCAGUGCGGAGCGAUGGGCGAGCACGAGGCGAUGCUGAAGCUUGGAGGCGCUAUCGCCGGUCUCAAGGUGCAGGCAACGGUCACAUUCGAAUUCUGCGCGCGAGAGGCCGUCCAGAUCUUCGGUGGUAUCGGUUACACCAAGGGAGGUGUCGGUGCGAAGGUCGAGAGACUGUACCGUGAUGUCCGGGGAUACGCCAUCCCCGGUGGCUCGGAGGAGAUCAUGGCUGAUCUGUCGAUUAGACAGAGUCUAAAGGUGCAUGAGGCUAUGGGGAUGAAGCUGUAAAUAUAGAGCUGCUGUGGGGGAGGGUUAUAGAUGCUCUUUACGUGUUUAAUGCGGUUUUUGUUUUUUUUGCGGGCGUGCGUCGAGCAAGACAGUCGCUGGGCGAACGCAGACUUGUAUUUGUACUCAAUUGGUUAUUUUGGUGCACAAUACCUAAGAAGUAUCUUUAUUUUGCAAACAUUAAUUUGGUGAAA